CUUCUUCUGUAGCCGCAGCUCUCCAUCACAAAGCACCACCCUUUAUCUUCCUUUGCAGCCGUAGCACAGCAACCACAUAGCCUCUCCGAUGCCCUCACAACCUCACUCACGGCCACCCAGCUACCUCACGACAUCACGACAGCACCUCCCUCAUUCUCCCGUCGCCCUCACGCUUCUCUCCCUCACUCACGAUCCAGCCCCAUCCUCGGCCAGUCCCCUGCAGCGCCCUACAACUCCAGCCCACCGAGCAACCUCCAACGACCACACCAGCAUCCCUACUCCACGACCAUCCUCUGCCCCGAGUCCACAGCAGGCAGCAGAGCAUAACACAGUGGACCCGAGACUCCCUUGGCACCUCUCUGCUGCACAGCCGUGCUACACCACCGGGAGUCCUCUGUACCACCCAUUCCUCCUUCUGCAGCUCCGACGAACAUACCAAACAGCCCAGAGUCGGCACCAUACUAGCUCCGGCGUCUUCGCUGCUCACGGCCACGACCCCAUCACCGGCCAUCUUCCCACUCGCCAACAGCCAUCACCGAACCUCCACCAGUGCCCACGAUAUUUAAAUGAUAGGGAGGUGGACGAGCUCUUUUUCUUUGUUUUCUCUGUUGGAGCUUUGGAGGCUGCUUGUUCUUCCCAUAGGAUGUUUGGGUUUGGGUUUGGGAUUUGGGUUCCUGGAGAGCACUACACUGCUUGUUUACUGGGGAUGUAUGGAAUGAAUCGAAUGUUGCUUUGUGUACUUGGAGAGAGUCUCCAAAGAUGGUGGAAGACCUUUUUUUUCCCUGGCUAUUUCAUUUAGGGGCUUUGGGAGGAGUAAGGAUGCUGGUUGUCUCUGGAAAUCUGGCAGUUUUUGCUGUUUCAUGAGGAAUUUCAACUGGAAUGGAAUGCGUGUAUUUUCAACGGGAAGGAGGCUGAUUUUAUCUUUGCUUGGGACAGGAUAUGGUAUGUGGCUUUUCUUCGGGCUUGUGCAGGCUGUGUAUUUUAAGGGAACAUGUUUCCCAGACUUCCAAAGGGAUUAACAGGCUUUAGUAAUUGGACUUUGAACGUUAUUUUAUCUUUUGGAUUUUAUUUCAUUUUCGGAUUUGCUAUCCUUCUC